UUCCGCAAAGUUGAAAAGGUCACACAAACAAGUUACCUGUACCUGUACGCUUGUGCGGACUCAUUCACUGUUCUGUCGAAUUUUGUCACCCAGGGCAAGAUCGUUGUGUAGUUGUGAAGAUUUCGGGACGUAUUGUGUGGAUUGACGUUUUGAUGAAGUGUUGUAUUCAGGUGACUGAUUGGUUUGGAUAAAAACAAUGUCUUAUUCAUAUAACUCCCUUGGGCGUCAACAGGAAGGGGCAGGGGGUCGUCUCGGUUCUAGCAGUUCUCAGGCAGGAACUUUGAACCGAACUCAAGUGGAACGACGUCCUGCUCAGUUUAUUUCAGCAAAGAAUCGUUCUGGAUCCACCGACAGGCUCAAUAGUAGCAGCAGCAGUUUGAGUGGCAGUAGGAGUAACCUGUCAGCCCAAAAGCAAAACGCUACCAGUGCCGGGAACAUUAGCGUUGGGAGUUCUCCAGGUAGAGUAAGAGGAGGAAAUCCUCCGCAACAGCCUCAACACCAACAACCCCCUCACCAGCAAGCAGUGUCGAGUCCCAAGAGCCCUAAUUAUUCAAACGUACCGUCAACAAAUUACGUUAACCGAAACGGGAGAGAUCUUCGUGGUAGCACCAGCAGCACGCAGAGUUAUGGACCCAGGGUGGAGGACAGUAGCAGAGUGGUUGCAGAUGCUAAGUUUCGUGAGUUCGAGAAAGUGCGGGUUGACUACUUGCGACGUGGGAAGUUGUACGAGGACACAAUGUUCUUGCCAGCUGACUCAUCCAUUUACUUCAGCAGACAACCUCCGUAUGAUUUUGAGUGGUUAAGAGCAAAGGACAUUGCUGCACUGUAUGGAUACAGACCGGAAUUUUACAGUCGCGGUAUCAGUCGCUUUGAUGUGCGUCAGGGACAGCUGGGUGAUUGCUGGUUUGUGGCCGCUAUGGCUUGUCUGUCCAGUCCUGAGUACAGAAAUCUCUUUGAGAGGGUGGUGUACCCUGAUCAGAGCUUUCAAGACGGCUGGUACUCGGGGGUUUUUCGCUUCAACUUUUGGCACUUCGGCCAGUGGAAACAAAUCCUUAUAGAUGACCUCCUACCUACUAAAAGAGGACAGCUGAUCUUUGUCAAUUCUCCGCAGAGUAAUGAGUUCUGGCCUGCUCUGAUGGAAAAAGCCUAUGCAAAAGUCUACGGGUCUUAUGAAGCUCUCAAAGGAGGUUUCCUUGUGGACUCACUAACAGAUCUGACUGGAGGUCUCGCUGAGUCCUACACGCUGCAUGGCCCUGAAGCUGACCUACCUGGCAACAUAGUCAACAUUCUGUUCAAAGCCCUAGAGAGGCAGUCUAUUAUUGGCUGUAACAUUAUAAAUAUCGCAGGAGCUGGGGAAGCUCUCCGUCCUAAUGGACUGGUUGAGGGACAUGCCUACAGUGUGACAGACCUGCGGAGGAUUAUGCAUGGACAGUAUCCAGUGACUUUGAUUAGAGUUCGAAACCCACAUGGAGAUCACAAGGAAUGGAAAGGCAGAUGGAGUGAAUGGUCACAAGAGUGGCAGCAGAUCUCUCCCAGUGACAGAGAAAAACUUGGGUUGAUCAAGAGAGAUGAUGGAGAGUUCUGGAUGGACUUUGAGGACUUUAAAGACAACUUUGACAAUGUGGUAAUUUGUAACCUGACACCGGACUCACCUGUAGAUUUUGAGAGGAAAUGGCACACUGUGGAGCAUCACGGACAAUGGACAAAGCAUUUCAAUGCUGGAGGGCGACCUUCUUGUCCAGCACACUGGUCCAACCCCCAAUACUUCCUGAAGCUUGAGGACACAGAUGAAGAUGACGACAAUGUGUGCAGUGCUAUUAUUCAACUUAUGCAGAAGGAUCGGAGGAAAAUCAAACAGAAGGGAGAGAAGUUUUUGUACAUUGGCUUCAAUGUGUACCAGUAUGAAAGAGGUUAUUCUGUUCCACUGAGGAGAGAGUUCUUUGAAACUCAUCGGGCCAUCGCUACCUCUGGGUCAUACAUCAACAUAAGACAGAUCACCAAACGCCUCACCUUGGAGCCUGGAGAAUAUGUUGUUGUGCCGAGUACUUGGGAUGCAGAUGAAGAGGCUGGCUUUUACCUGAGAUUCUUCUUUGAGAAAGGAAAUGUUGCGGAGUAUUUCGAUGAGAAACCAGAGGUACCAGACAUUCCUGCACCAACACCGUCUCCAGAAUGGAAAGAGCAAGAGGAAACCUUCAAGAACUUUUUUUACAGAGUUUCUGGAGAGGACAUGGUAGUGGAUGCUUUCGAGUUGAAGGAGGCUAUAAAGGAAGGACUGAAGAAAGAGCCCUUGCAUCGCGAUGUCAGUAUUGAUGCCUGCAAAAGUUUCGUCAGUUUGAUGGAUGUUGAUGGCAGUGGUAAACUGUCUUUCUAUGAGUUUCAGUUCUUGUGGCAUCACUUACGCAGUUGGAAGAAAACAUUCUACCAGUUUGACAUCAAUCAGUCAGGGUUUUUGAAUUCGAGAGAGCUGAGAGCGGCAAUAAAUGGUGUUGGUUACAAAAUGUCCAACAGGACUUUGGGAAGGCUUAUCUUCCGAUAUGCAGAUGAGAACGGCAAGAUCAGUUUGGAUAACUUUCUGGCUACGAUGGCCCGCUUGAUGAAGACUUACAAUGUAUACCAUGAUAUCCAAAAGGAUGGCGAAGCUACCCUUGAUCUUGCACAAUGGCUGGACAAUACAUUGGUGUUCUGAACGAGACGGUUGUGAACAGAGAUGACCAGAGCAUGGUAGCAGAACAGAGGACUAUAUCUCUGCAACAAUUUCAGAUUCUCAGGAAGUGCCUGUGCACAUUGUAGCACUAGUUCAAAGUGUCAAUUUUCAGUUUUUCACUUUUUGGACAUAGUAAGGUUUCCAGAAGCCUUUAACAUUCUACUGGUUUUUUUCUUAUGGUAGUUUCGUUGUAACAUCGGGAUGGCUACCGCACUUGUAACCAUGAAAUGACUUGUUUGGGCUCCGACACUCAACUCAGUCCAACCUUGUGUUCUAGGGAAAGGCGCUUUGCAUGAAUUUUUGCUUUCGACUCCGUCCUAUCGGAGAUGGAUGUUAAAUUCGGAAGUCAUGCCUCUUAAUUAAAUAACCUUACAGUGUUGCAAGGGGCAUUAAUUCUAUAUAUAUCAUUUCGCAUUUUGUAGGUUCAUUGUGUGGAUUUGAGGCCACCACUUCUUUGUUGGCUGAAUUAUUUUACCUCAUUCAAGACUCAAUACUUUUGGUAAUAUCUCUAGAAAUGGCAGGUUCCUUAGCCUGUUUCUGGUAGAUGUGCCUGUAUAGGGUCUCUGAAAUCUUGCUCAAUCUGCUUGGUGUGGAUGAGACUUAACUGGCUUCGUUGACAUGCAGGUUAUUUUGUAAUCGAAAGUUGUUUUCAAACUUGUAAACAAAUCAAACUUAGAAAUAUGGUAUGGGAAUAUUAUGUCUGAAUAAAAAAUGAGCAGUCAGGAUGCUUGUAUCUCAUUUUCAGGACAGCACUUAUUUUUUCACUGACUUGUAUAGCAGCCUUUGGUUUGAACAGCUGUUUAUAAGUAUUUAUACAUUUUAAAGAAUCAUUUGGCUGCCAAGGAUGAACUUUUAGUUUACUAGUGAUAUUGAACAUAUAGCACCAUGGACUUGAAUCCAAGGAUAAAGUAAAUGUGAUGCAAAAGAAUGAAGGUUAAAUUAGUAUUAUACUGUGAUUUGGUCAAUGUUUAUCUAGAAAUUUACAAUGAUCUAAAAAUAUUUACUUUCAUAGUCGUAUGAAAAUUUGUCUCAUGUAUUCUCAUAUUCUUCUGUUACUUUCCACACCCCUUUGGAUGUCAGUAUUAGAUAAUAAUCUUAAGUUGAUUUGUGUUCAGUUUAUUGUUUAUUAAACAAGCCAUACCAUUCUUUACAGUUUCUACAACUCUUAUGUGGACUGUGUGCGAAUUUGACUUGCAUGAUCUGCAAGAUUGGAUGGGGUAGGGAAAUGAGGCUUGCUGACUUUACUCGACGAAAGGACAUUAAAUUUUACGUGAAUAGAAUGUACUUCAGUAGUACAUGAUGUGUGCGCUGUGAAAAUGGUUCUGGUAAUUAUGGACCUCUGAGCAGUGGCCUUGAUCUAAGUGAGAACCAUGAAAAGUUUAAUUUCUUAACCUUUCUUUAUUGAAAGAAACAACAUAAGUGCUUCGAUCAGAGUUCCUGGUAUUUUUGUUAUUGAGACCGAAAUGAGAACCCUCAGGUUUUUAAACAAAAAUUUAGUUAGCCUGUAACUCAUUUCUGCCUUUAUUGGAUGUACUUACUUGGAGAACUUGAUCUGAUGGACAAAGGGAAAAGACCAUGAUAAAUUUACAUUUUUUAAAAAGAGCAUCGAUCUGAGCAGAGAAAGGAGUGGUGAACCAUGAUUGCCAAUGUCUGUUUCAGUUCUGGCUCUUAAGAAAGAUACUGGAUUGUUUUGUACCCAGAAAACAUCACAUGGUUGUUCUUGAACAAUUGAAUCUUGUUGUCGCAAACUGACUUAUCCCUAGGGAAAUUGGAUGGAGUAGGAGUGGACAUUGUGAAGAUCCUGCUAAAAUCUGGAAGUGUCAAAAUAGUGCACAGCCCACUGAAAGUCGAAGUCUUUGCCAUAAUUAGCUUCUUUCCAUGCUUACAGAAUUUGAUAAUCACUUUCCAAAUGUAACGACUUGUGUGUUGUUACAUUGUUGCCAUUCACUGUUUAUAUAGUGGGUUUUUAAAAAUCUUAUUUUUGUCUGAAUGCCAUAUGAAUGUGAUAAUGUUGAUUUGUACUGAUAUAUUCCUUGGAGUUUUUUUGCUUUUGGAAUAAUAUUCAAUACGAUGUAUUACAGAUAAUGUUGUUAUAUAUGAAUAUAUAAAUUUACUUACCAGAUCAUUUUAAAGCAUUUUCAAAAUGCUCUGCUUACAACCUAUUUAGAAUGGUUUAAUCCCUUAUUUAACUUUCAGUUUUGAGCAGGAUUUUUGUCUGUUUUCAAUUUAGUCAAACAAAAUCUAAUCAACUCUUUUGAAGAUCAGCUGUCUCAUUGUCUCAUAUUUUCUGUAAGAAUUAACAGUUCCUUGCAGAAAGUACUCUAAACAUUAAUUGUAUUGAGAAUAACCAAUCUACUUUUUGUCAAUAACACUGUUAAAGAUGAUGAACAUUGUGUGGAGGGUGCAGAUCUCCAGAAAAAAACAACAAUAAGUGUGCAGUGUCUGUAAGCUGUACUGCAACUUGUUGUUUUAAACAUUGAUCUCAGCUGUUGAUGCACCCUUCAGCUCCAGCAUCUAAGUCCAUUUUAAAAGUUCACUGAGUGCCACAUAUUCCACUGCCGCAAUACAACACUGAUUAUAUAUAAAGUGUAAUCAACCGUAAAAUAUUAAAAAUACCUGCAUAAUCUCUCUGUUAGUGUGAAGACAUACAUUCUAAAACUAGUUUUAUAUAACUCAUAAGAGCAAUUUUUUUUUUGGAGGGGUGGAAUCCUCUUGGAAUGAAAUUAGUUUGUGAUAAUAAUAUGUUCUUGUUUGUGGAUUUUUAAAAAAUGUACACCUAAAUCGUAAUUAUCAUAUGACUUUUUUUUUUUUUUUUUACAGAUUCUAAUACUACGGAUGGGUCAAUCACUCGACUCAGUCUCCUCAAAAAUGAAUGUAUUUGUUUUCAGUUUCAGACGACCGAGUCGAGCGUUCGGCCUGAUCCAGCAGUAGUGGUAUAACAUUUCAUACUUUUCUUUGUUUUAUGUAUACGAUAAAUUGUUAAAAUGUGCAGAUAUGUUUUAAAACACCUCUUUUUGAACCGUGACAGCAGGCAAUGUUUUGUCCUUCCUUACUCUUGACUUUAGCCUUUCAAUUGUUUAUUUUUUGAAAGUGUACCCAGAAUGAACAGUAUUGAGUUGUUUAAGAUUAACAUUUGAUAGCAGAUGAGAUACUAGGUAGUCCUGUAAUGUAGGUAGAAUCUCAAAUGUUUUUCUAUCCUCUAAAAGAUGAGCCAUUGUAAUGCUGAGGUGUGAAAAAAUAUUUUCAGAAAUUUUUUGUAUGGCUUCAUGAUGAAAUCAGGCGCUAGUUAAAAUUUAUGAAAUUGAAGAAAUGGACUUUUUUCUGCUCCCCGGGCAAUAAUUAUGCAUUUUUUAGGGGGGCUCAAUGGUAGGUCACACCAUUUAUGUCCUUUUGAAAAUGCCUUUCGGUUCUGAUUUUUACUUAAAAAAGGUUGAUCAAAGACCCAAAAACUCUAAAUUUACAGUUUCUAAGGACAUUAUUCAGGCUUUUGAAGUCCUCAAACUUUGGGGGCCAUUAUCUUGGUUAAUUUUAUCUCUGAUACCAGGCGACCUCCACCUCUUUUAAUCGCAAAUAUUUUGACUUCUGUUCAAAGUAUUUGGGUAUGUUUUUUUAAAUCAAAAGCAAGACAGACUCUGAGCGACUCUGGGCUUUAAGUUGAUAUCAAUAAAAAUCCAUAGGCCCUAUAUGUCCAAAAACUGACAUGUACCUGAUUCCACAGUGACGAGACACAUUUCUUACCCAGAUAGAAAAUGUUUUGAUGAAAGUUCUACGCAAGGCAUGAAUUGUCAAAAUAGAAGUUCUAAUGAGCCAAUGUAUGUUGAAUUGUUUUGCGUGUUUUUGUAUCAGUAUCAAUUCAUUUGAGUGGUUGUGUCCAUUUACUCUUUUGUUUUUAAGUUCUUGGCCUGCAUCUUUUCUUUGUCAGUUGCAAUUCUUUUUCCGUUCAGAUUUACAGUCUGUCCCAUACUUAUAUAUUUCUUAUUUAAAGUGUUUGUUGAUUGAAAAGCAUUGAUGUGUCGACAUUCCAAUUUGAGGAUAUAAUGUCUUGUUACUUUAAGCCGACUAUAUGAUGCACAUAUUCUGCUUUUCUGUGUUUGGUAACUCUACUGAAAUUGAUUCUAAUCACUUACAUUUUGUACAAUUUUGUCUUUGUGCUUUAAGCCUUUUUUAUGGUGCAUUCCGGACCCCUUCUCUUUCACUUCUAUUGUAUGUUCCCAGUUUUUUUUGUCCAUUUCAUGUAAUUUUUUUUACUAUGAUACGUACAGGCUACCAGAGUUAAAUUUAUUUUGAUUCUCUUGCACAGAGUGGUCGCUUAUUGUUAGUGCAAUUUUUAAAUUAACUAUAAUCUGCUCUUCCGUGGCUCCCAAGAAUGGUGGUGCUCACAAAAUAAGUUGUUUCUGGAAAUCAGUUGUUGAUAAAAAAUCUGCAUUAUUUUUCCUCAUAUAUUUGCUUUUCAUGGGACUAAAAUUGAUGGCUUAUACAGUGACAAGCAUGGUGAUUUUGCUUAGUCUUUGGUGUAAAUAGCACCUGAAUGACGAUAGCUAUAAAAAGCUAAAAUUAAUGGUUUGAUUGCUUUUCUUUGUGUAAAUUCUGUCAGAGGUAUUCGGGGCCAAUCAAAAUGCCUAAUCAAAAGAGGAACUUAAGAUUUAGUUUUGUGAAGACAAUGGAAACUCUUCAUAAUGUGCAUGUAAAUAUUUUGUUGAGAAUGAGAAACCUUUUUACAAUUUAUGAAUUUUGCCAAUGAUGAUAGGACACAUAUUUGUGUACUGUAUUAUUUUCAGUGAUAUUUUUAUUCAGUGCUAGCGCUGAUCAAUAAAAGAAAAUUGCUCAUGACUGCCCCUUUGUGGCUUCGUUCCAUGUGAAAACAUAUUGAUACAUGUGAAAUAUAGUUUGCUCAUGAUGCCCAUUCAUCAGCUGAAAAUCGUAAAUGAAAUUUAUGCAUGUAUAUGUAUAUUUCAAGAAAGGUUUUUUUCUUUCAAUGUUAAACUUGUAUAUAAAAAAGCAUAUCUGUUCCAUUUGAAAGCAAGACAGUGGUUGUGAACUGUACAAGCUAAUCAGGAGGACCUUAUUUAUUGUGCUUUGGAUUUUUUUUUUUUUUCUUUUUGUUAAUGUUUCAUUUAAUGUUAUUUGUGGGUUUCAUUGAAAUGUGUUGUUUUCUUACUCUUGUAGUCUUCAGUUUUGUAAUUAAAUCAAUUGAAAAAAGUAG